AGCCGUUCGAGUGGCACAGGGUGUGCUGGCGACCCCGACGGGGGGAUAGACCAGCCCGGAGUCCAAGGGCCUGUUCCGCCGCUUCAGCGCGGAGAUGCCCCACAAGCUGCCGCUGUUCGAGGGCCACGAGCUCAGCAAGGUCGCCAACGCCUACGCCCGGCUGAGCAUGCGCGACGACUUGCUCUUCGACGACAUCGCGGACGAGAUCAUCCGGAGGCCCCAGGAGCUGGACGCGGCUGCCCUCGUGCUGGCCGCGAAUGCGUUCGGCCAUUUCAGGAUAUCUCAUCCGCGCCUGUGGCUGGUGCUCUCCGAGUGGCUGCUGCACUCCUGCCUGGACCUGGAGGCGAAGGACGUGGCGGUGCUGCUGAACGCCUUCGGCGCGGUGGGCUUCCACCACGAGGCGUUGCUGCGGGCCCUGGUGCACUCCCUCGGAGAGGAGCCGCUGCUGGGGGAGGUGGAGCCUGGGUCGCUGGCCCUGGCCCUGAACGCACUGGCGCGGCUGCAGUGGCCGGGUGAGGCGGGCUCCGCAGGAGUCGAGGAGCCGCUGCGGCGCCUGGCGGAGAGGGCCGCCGAUACCGCCGGCGAGCUGGGCUGCAUCGGGGCGGCGCAGCUGCUGCACGCCUGCGCGCAGUUGCGGGCGCUGCGGUCGGACGGUAGGCUCCUCGAGGGCGUGCUGGCGCGAGCGCGAGGGGUGGUGUCGGAGAUGAACGCGCAGUCCCUGAGCAUGGUCGUGAACGCAUGUGCGAAGAUGAGGACAAUGAAUCCGCUGCUGUGUGCGACUGCAUUGGGGCUGUUCCACCUGGCGUCCGGGCUCGGGUUUCGGCCGGCCAAGCCGUCGGCCCCAGGCAGCGAAUUGCCCAGUGUGGAGCUCAUCGCUGGCGGCAGCGAUGCGGACCCGGUUGGACCACAAGAGAAAGAGGCAAUCGACCGCGCGAAGAAGCAAUGCGGUCUCCCCCGCCACGGCCAGCCCAAUCUCGAGAAUGGAGUCAUUGUUUUCUUGGUGACCCGGCACAGCGAUGUGAUCAAGUUUAAAGAGAGUUUGCCAAGGUUACGCUACCAUUUCCUCAGGCAUUGGUCGUACCCAGUGAAGGUAUUCAUCCCGAGCGACGCUCUGCGCAAGUACGAUUCGCGAAGCUUUAAAAAGUCGCCUACCAACGAGACCAUGCACGAUGUUAUGCUCGAGUUUGGGGGUAUGGGUUAUGAAUGGUCGAUUGAGACGUUUGAUCUCAAGUUCCCGAAGGUUAUCAGUGACGAUGACCACCUCUGGCAGCACAUGAACUCGUGCGCAAGAAUUGUGAGUGACAGCUACAAGCACAUGAAUCAAUUCUUCAUUAAAUCUAUGUACGAGCAUCCGGCCUUGGCGAAGUACAGGUAUUAUUUGCGCAUUGACGCCGACUUUGAUUUCGAGGCCGACCUCGUCGAGGACCCGUUUUGCAUGAUGUCCAAGACCGGGCGGAAGUUCAUGUGGCAAACAAGGAAGUUGAUAGCGGAGAAGAAAUGUUCGGCUGGUCUGUGGGACUGGUUCUUGCAAUACCAGCAGAAGCACGACCUGACCCCCCACGAUCCCAUGUUCUGGCAGCCGUGGGGAGCCACUGUAAACUACGUGGGCUACGCAGGCAUGGGGGACCUGGACUUCUUCAGGUCGGAGCCUGUGCGAAGGCUAGCGGAGGCGCUGAACGAGGACGGCCAUAUCUACUACAACCGGUGGUCGGAUCAGACGUACUACCCCCUUCUUUUUGCACUCUUCGAGAACCACUCCGCGGUCGGAGACGUCGGUUUUGGGUGGCCCAGCGGCACCUGGUGCCAUAAGUGCGGGUUCCGGGGGAAGUUCAAUCCUGACACCGGGCGAAAGCGCGCCAAGGUUGCAGCCGCGGCAGGCAGCCAGGUGCUCAAGCGCUCUCUGAGCUGUGGGAUUUCUGAUGCUCUGCGGUCGGAGUCCACAUCACAGCCCGCUUCGGGACUCAUGCACAGCCUGCGGGCUGCUAUGUUGAGCGUCCGCGCCACGCUCUUCGGGCACCAUGCCCACCUGAAGAUUUGCACGGUGGUGGUGAGCAGGCCUCGCGCAGGCCGCGCCCCGAGGCGCCGCCACCCGGCAGAGGAACGCGGGCUGGUGGAGGACUGCGCGGCUUCCCCCAUCGUGCAGACGGCGGAUGGGCCGGUGCAAGGGUUCUCCCACCGCAGCGCCCAGACCACCGGGGUGGAGGUCAGCUCCUUCUGGGGCAUCCCCUUCGCGCAGCCCCCUGUCGGCGAGCUCCGCCUCAGGGCGCCGCGGCCGCUGAACAGGACGACGUGGAGCACACCGCUGGCGGCCACCAAGAAGUCGAAGGCGUGUCUGCAGUGGGAGCCGGGCAAGUUUCAGAGCGAGGACUGCCUCUACCUCAACGUCUACACGCCCACGCGUUCGAUAUCCGCUGACGCAGGCCUUCCAGUGAUGGUCUGGGUGCACGGCGGGGCGUACACGCAGGGGGACGCGUACCAGAGCGUGCUGGGUACCUCCGUGUACGACGGGUCCAACAUCGCUGGCCGCCACCAGCUCGUGGUCGUGACCCUGCAGUACCGCCUCAACGGGCUCGGCUUCUGGGCCAGCGACCAGCUCCGGGAGGAGGACCCGGCCUUCUCAACAGGCAACAUGGCGCUCCGGGACCAGAGGGCCGCCCUCCAGUGGGUGCAGCGCAACGCACGGGCCUUCGGGGGGGACCCCUCGAGGGUGACGCUGUUCGGGGAGAGCGCGGGCGGCUUCUCCGUGAUGUGGCACCUGGUGUCGCGCCCAUCGUGGCCGCUGUUCCAGGCCGCGAUCAUGGAGAGCGGGACGGACCACUUGUCCUGGUUCUUCCAGCCCUACGAGGGCCACUCGAAGGAGUUCUACGCGCAGUGGGCCGAGAAGAUCGGGUGCCCCGCCUCGGAGCAGCAGCUGGUGUGCCUGCGCGGGAAGGACGCCCUGCUGCUGACGCGGCCGCCCGCUGGCAUCACCGUCGCCCCGCCCACGUACGACCCCAGGGGCAUCGGGCAGAGCAUGGCCGUGGGCCCGACCAUCGACGGCGCGGAGGAGGGCCUGGCCUCCGUGCCCCUCGACCUGGUCCGCGAGGGCCUCUUCAACCGGGUGCCUCUGCUGCUGGGCUCCUGCAAGGCUCGCGGCACACGCCGCGCGGCGGCCGAGCGGGCGCCGCCGCUCCAGAGGCUGGAGGCCACUGGCCGGCGCUUGGGAGCCCGCGGGGUGGCGGAGGACGGGGGAACCAUAUUCGAGCCGAUAUUGACGGGGAUCGUGCCUGGGAUGGACCACAUGCGGAUCCAGAGCAUGGACGAGCUGCUCACUGCGUUGAAUUGGAGCUUCGACGCAGACGAUGUUCCCAAGAUCCUGUCCGCAUACCCCCAGUAUGAGUUCGUAUCGGGAACGAGGGUCGACUUUUCCCGCAUGUUCACGAGGAUCAUCCGCGACUGUUCCUUCCAGUGCCCUGUGCGUUCCUUGGCCUCAGAGUGGAGCAAGCACGGGGUGCCAGUCUGGCUGUACGUCUUCAGCUUCCCGCUGGGUAUCAUCGACAACCUGACAGGGAUUGGAGAUUUGCACGGCUCUGACGGUUAG